GGCGAAGGUCUCCGAAUAUCAGAGUUGUUAAGUUAAACAUUAGGAAUCAAUUCUCCAUUUUGUAUUUUUCACCCAAAUCUUUCAAAACCUAAUCCUUUUCUUUCUCUUUAAUUAUUGCAUACUGCUUCGUUCCAAGAUCUGUUUCUAGUACGAAGUUUUCUUGGAUUUUCUUGUUUCUACGACAUGGACAUGGGAACUGUGCCCGAUCAAACAAUUAGUACAUGCACUCACUGUGAUCGGGCUAUCCCUUCGGCAAAUAUUGAAUUACAUUAUGCUCAUUGUUCCCGAAACCUUGAAAGGUGCAAAAUUUGUUACGAGAUGGUUCCGAAACUACGUGCUGAGGAGCACUAUUUAAACACCCAUGCCCCGGUUUCCUGUUCGUUGUGCAGUGAGACUAUGGAACGUGAUAUUUUAGAUAUCCAUAGAGGUGAAAAUUGUAUUAGAAGAAUGGUCACAUGUGAGUUUUGUGAGUUUCCUUUGCCAGCAAUUGAUCUGGCUGAGCAUCAGGAAGUAUGCGGGAAUCGAACAGAACUUUGUCACCUUUGUAACAAAUAUGUUAGACUGCGUGAAAGAUACAACCAUGAAGAUAGUUGCAACAGAAUUCAAGACAAUUCUGCAGGGUCGUCAAGGUACGUCAGGCCAGCUGAAAGAGAUGAUGGUGCUCAAAGAAGGCCACGGCCACGGCCACGGCCACAAAAUGAUUUAUCAAAAAGACGUCUUCUUUUCACAAUAGCAAUUACUGGUAUUGCUGUUAUGCUCGGAUCCAUUUUUUUCCAGAGAAAGACAGAUCCCAGCAGUGUGCAAUAGCAACGGAGAUUGUGUAAAUUUGCUUGAUCUGUACAAUUUAUUUGCAUACAACAGAAAGUCGUAUCAGAACAUAUCGGCAUUAUCAUUGAAUUAUUUCUGUAGUCUUGUAUUUUGAUGGUGAGAACUGCCAAGUACCAAUAGAUAAAUGAGUCAUUCAUUACAAUGAUUG